AUGAAUACAUCGUUCUGUACCAGAUACCCUGAAAUCUACAACUUUGUUAACAGUAUCCCCAAGCCUGACUGCAAGUUCCUCUAUGGUACUGCUGGUUUCCGUAUGAAUUACGAAUUGCUGCCCUCCGUGUUCAUCCGUGUUGGAAUUAUUGGUACGUUGCGCAGCAAGUACUUGAAAAAGGCCAUUGGACUGAUGGUAACGGCUUCUCACAACCCGGAAGCGGAUAACGGUAUUAAAAUCGUGGAUCCUGAUGGAGGUAUGAUGUCUAUGGAUUGGGAGAAGUUCGCCACGGAUCUAACGAAUGCUGGUACCGACGCUGCGUUUGAGCUGCUCGAUGCCUUUAUUGCGGAGAAGCAGAUCGAUCUGGACAGUCCUGCUAUCGUGAUCUGCGGUCGUGAUACGCGUAAGAGCGGAGAGUAUCUGUUGGACUUGGCGAUCAAGUCCGCCGAGAUUAUGUGUGCGAACAUUGUGAAUCUGAACGAGGUGACGACUCCUAUUCUGCACCACGUGGUUCGCCAAUUCAACGACAAGAAGAGCGAAUACAAGGACAUCGAGGGCUAUUACCGCAUGUUGGGCACGGCCUUCGCGGAAACGAUCCGCGGCUUCGAGGCCAUCGCGCUGACUCGCGAUGAGCUCUACGUGGACUGCGCCAACGGCGCGGGUCAGCUGGUGGUGGACCGUCUGCAGCAAGCAGUGAACGGCUACUUAAAGCUGGUGGGCUUCAACACGGCGCGCGAGAAUCUGAAUCACCUCGCCGGAGCCAACUAUCUGUACACGCAGAAGGCCAUUCCGUCCGGCUUCACCGCGGAAACGGCCGUGGGGAAGCGGUUCUGCUCGCUGGACGGCGAUGCGGACCGUCUUCUGUAUUGGCGCGUCAACCCGAGCGAUCGGAGUCUGGAGAUUAUGGACGGCGAUAAGGAGAUGGCGCUGGCCGCGCUGUGGGUGCGGAAGCAGCUCGACGACCUCGCGUUGGAGGGCGUGUCGAUGGGCGUCGUGAAGACUGCGUACGCGAACGGCGCGUCGAACGAUUACAUGCGCGAGCACGGAAUCGAAGUGGUGCUGGCGAAGACGGGCGUGAAGCAUCUGCACCCGCUGGCGGAGAAGUUCGACGUGGGCAUGUACUUCGAGGCCAAUGGCCACGGCACGGUGCUGUUUAAGCCGGCGUUCAUUGCGAGACUGCGCGGAUUGGACGAGGCGGAGCUGACGCAGAAGCAGAAGGACGCGCGGCACCGACUGAUCUGGGCCUCGGUGCUGGUGAACCAGGCGGUCGGCGACGCGCUGAGCGACGCGCUGUUCCUGGAGGCGGUGAUGAUCACGAUGGACAUCUCGAUGGAGCAGUUCAGCCAGCUGUACGUGAAUCUGCCUUUCACGAACCAGGUGUUGAAGGUGGAGGACCGCACGGUGAUUAAGUGCAAUGAGGACGAGACCCGAUGUGUGGAGCCCGUGGAGAUUCAGCCUGCGAUUGACAAGAUCGUGGAAACGAUUCCGAAGGGAAGAAGCUUUGUGCGCCCUUCUGGAACGGAGAAUGUGGUGCGUGUGUAUGCAGAGGCCGAGACGAUGGAGCAGGUCGAAAAGCUGUCUCUUGAGGUGAAGCGGAUUGUGUACGACUAUGCCAAGGGAGUUGGUGAGAGACCGUAAGAAGAAGUUUUCUGGUUAAUAAUGGU